AUGGCUAACAAAUCUAAAGAAGAACCUAACACUGCUCCUAAGCCUGAUACAUGGUACAAUCUCACACUAGGACCUUCUUUUAAAGACGACUCUGCUAACAAAUACUGCACUCUCCGAUAUGAAUUUAAGCCAGCUUCAGUUGAUAAGACUAAGCCAGGAUUGCUACGCAAGAGCAAAGAGAAUCGAGUCUCUGUGGAGUUUCAGAACAACCAAGUUGGAAAACCUAAGGUCACAUUUGAGGGAAAUAUCGAGGAAUACAAGGAAAACGAUGCUGUCUUGUUCUUUGAUGGUCGUACACUUCGUUUGGAGCGGCUUGAUAGGGCUGUAAAGCAACUGCGCCACCUUCGAAUGCCUGGUGAGUCUUCAGCUGCUGUGUCGGGAACAGCUUUGGAUCCUUGGUCACCCCCCAUUGGGAAGAACACGAAAUCAGCACCUUUUGGCAGUGCCAGGAGCUCGAAUCAAGCUGUUGCAGUUGAAGUGGAACGUAUUGAUAUUGGUGAACCUGUAAAUACUGGCAUCAAGUCUGAUUCUAAGAGGUCAUAUGAUCAACUAAAUGAACCGCCCACAGUUUCUGCCGCCUCACCAGCGGCCAUAGAUGAAGUUGAGGAACAUAGAGAUAUAGACAUUGAUGACCUUUUUGGAAGUGGAACACCUGAUGAUGACAAUAAUGUUGAAGAAAAGGAUAAUGUUGGAUUUGACAUGAAUGUUCCAAUCACUGAUGAUGAGAUCGCUGAUGUGGAUGAUAGUGGUGACGAGGUGAACAAAGGACCCAAUGCUGCUGAAGCUCUCAGAGCCCAAGUGAAUGCACAGGGGAAGGGUGAAGAAACAUCUAGUUCUAGCAGUAGCAGUGACAGUGGAAGCAGCAGUGAUAGUGGUAGUGGGAGCAGUAGCAGCAGUGAUAGUGGAGGCAGCGAUGACGACUCAGUUACCUCAAUAUAA